AUGUCACGAUCAGUAGCGAAUCAACUCUGGCGCUUGAGUCGCCCUACCCUCUCAGCUUCCCGGGCUCAGGCUGGACGGAGCCAUGCCUUUUCAACAACAAGUUCACGGAGACUUAUGGGGAUGGCUGGCUUCACUGAGAACCAACUCAUGGUUAGGGAAGCGGUGAGCCAGGUCUGCUCUGAGUUCCCCAACACCUACUGGCAGGAGCAUGACCAGGAGGAGAAGGAUCCCAAGGAGUUCCAUGCCGCGCUUGCGAAGGAUGGAUGGCUGGGCAUUGCACUUCCUGAAUCCUUGGGAGGCUCUGGUCUGGGCAUCUCUGAGGCGACUAUGAUGAUGCAAACUAUCACUGAGUCUGGAGCUGGUAUGGCUGGCGCACAGUCAAUCCACGCCAACGUCUAUGCGACCCAACCCCUGGCCAAGUUUGGUUCUCAAGAACAGCUGGAAACGACAGUCCCCAACAUCGUAUCUGGAAAGUGGCGAGUCUGCUUUGGUGUUACGGAGCCAAACGCCGGCCUCGACACUCUCCGACUGGGCACCACGGCAAAGAAGAACUCAGACGGAUCCUACAGUGUGACUGGCCAGAAGAUCUGGAUUACUUGCGCUCAAGUCGCCUCCAAGAUGAUCCUUCUUGCUCGAACUACGCCAUUGGAGGAGGUCAAGAAGCCUAGUGAAGGCCUCUCCCUGUUCUCUAUCGACCUGAACCGAGACCAGCCUGGUCUUGAUCUGCGCAAGAUCAAGAAGAUGGGUGGUCGCGCUGUGGACGCCAACGAGGUUUUCUUCGACAACUACCAGAUCCCUGCCAACUCGCUGAUUGGCGAAGAAGGCAAGGGUUUCAAGAUGAUCCUUCACGGCAUGAACGCUGAGCGCUGUCUCCUUGCCGGCGAGGCGCUCGGUCUGGGUUAUGCAGCCCUGAAGAAGGCCAGCGAAUAUGCCCGUGAGCGUGUCGUUUUCAAGCGCCAAAUCGGAAUGAACCAGGCCAUCGCACACCCCCUAGCCGAUGCCUACAUGAAGCUCGAGGGCGCCAAGCUGGCAACCUACCACGCAGCACGACUCUACGACCAGAGCAAGACGGACUCAUCCAUCCGACAGGACGAGGUGGGCGUCGCGGCCAACAGCGCCAAGUACAUGGCUGCCGAGGCCGCAUUUACAGCUUGCGAGAGGGCGGUUCUUACACACGGAGGUAUGGGAUAUGCCAUGGAGUAUGAUGUUGAGAGGUGGUUCCGCGAGUGUCUUGUGCCGAGGAUUGCGCCCAUUAGCAGGGAGAUGAUUUUGAACUUUAUCAGCGAGAGGGUGCUUCAGCUUCCCAGGAGUUACUAG